AUGCAAUUUCAUAAGAACGGGUUCUUGGGGUCGGAAGACCCUCUCAAACUCCAAUUCGAAGGAGAGGUCGAGCCCGACUUCCAAACCUCAUUACCGGACGAAGUCGAUGUUCUAAUCGUUGGAGCCGGCCCAGCAGGUCAACUACUUGGGGCCCAGCUUGCCCAAUUCCCGAACAUUACCACACGCAUAAUAGAGUCCAAGCCCGGACGGCUACAGCAAGGACAAGCAGACGGUCUACAAUGUCGGACGAUUGAGAUAUUCGAAGCUUUCGGCUUCUCGGAAAGGGUGCUGAAGGAGGCUUACUGGGUGAAUGAGACGACGUUCUGGUCGCCGACGGAGGAUGGCAAAGGGCUGAGGAGGAGCGGAAGGAUACGAGAUACAGAGGAGGGCUUGUCGGAGAUGCCUCAUGUGAUAUUGAAUCAAGCCAGGCUGCACGACCUUUGGCUUGAUGCGAUGAAGUGGAGUCCGACAAGGCUAGAGCCUAGCUACAACAGACGACUGCAAGAGCUGGUCGUGCCGGACGAUGAGACUGCGCGAGUGGAGGUUGCUGUUGAAAAGGUUGGUCCGGAUGGAGAGAGCAAGACAGAGAAGGUCAAGGCGAGAUAUGUGGUUGGUUGUGACGGAGCAAGAAGUAUGGUGAGAAGGUCCUUGGGUCUGGAGAUGAAGGGCGACUACGCGAAUCAAGCAUGGGGUGUUCUUGAUGCUCUGGUAGAAACCGAUUUCCCGGAUCUGCGGCUGAAGACUGCCAUCCAUUCCGCCAACGAAGGCAGCGUCCUGAUAAUUCCUAGAGAGGGCGGCUACCUGGCUCGAUUCUACAUUGAGCUCGACAAGCUCAAGCAGGACGAACGAAUAUCCACCAAGAACGUCACCGCCGAGAUCCUUAUCGAGCGCGCGCAACGAAUCUUCCAGCCUUACAAGUUUGAAGUUCGACACAUCGCAUACUGGUCUGUGUACGAGGUCGGCCAGCGGCUUACCGACCACUUCGAUGAUGUCCCCAAGACGGAGCGAGAGCAACGCAACCCUCGAGUCUUCAUCACAGGAGAUGCGUGCCAUACGCACUCAGCCAAAGCUGGCCAAGGCAUGAACGUAUCAAUGAACGAUAGCUACAACUUGGGAUGGAAGCUUGCCGCUGUUCUGCACGGUCUCGCCCAGCCACAACUUCUGCAUACCUACUCCGAGGAAAGACAAGUUAUCGCGGCACGACUGAUCGACUUCGAUCGCCACAUCUCAAAGAUGUUCGCGGCAAAGCCUAAGACUAUGGCAGAUGCGAGCGACGCAGAUGCGGUAGAUCCCGCCAAGUUUCAAGACUUCUUCACCGGGAAAGGGAAGUUCAUGGCAGGUCUGGAUACUCGGUAUCAGGCGGGCGUACUGACUUCUAGCGACUUGUCGUAUCAAAACUUGGCCACCGGAUACGAGAUAGGCACACGCUUCCAGUCGUGUCAGGUAUUGCGACUGGCCGAUGCUAAGCCGGUCCACCUUGGCCACGUUAUGGAUGCCGAUGGUUCAUGGCGGAUUGUGCUCUUUGGAGAUAACACUUCCGAUCCAACGGACCCAUCUUCACCGCUCCGCAAGGUCUGCUCGUUCCUCCUAGAUCAAUUACUGCCCAGAUACACACCGGCAAAAGCAGACAUCGACAGCGUCAUCGACGUCCGAGCCAUACUACAGCAAUCGCGGACAUCAAUCGACAUCACAGACAUGCCAGAAGUGCUGUUCCCGCACAAGGGCAAAUUCCAGAUCCAGGAUUACGAAAAGGUCUUCACGGACGAGCCGAGCUAUAAUUUCGGCUUUGGGGAUAUCUACAAUAAACGGGGCAUCAACAGGGAGAAGGGGUGCAUUGUCGUUGUGAGGCCGGACCAAUAUGUCAGUGCUGUUUUGCCUUUGGCGGAGGAGGCGGGCGGCAUGAUGGAGAGGUUCUUUGAUGGGUCCAUGAAGCCGCAGGGGUUGACUAAUGGGAUCAAUGGGCAUUGA